AUGGACACUUUUUCCAGGACCUAUCACUACUCAAAGCAUCCAAGCCAUAAGCUGUGGAUAAAGGAAAUGAAUUACCAGGAAAUGGAAAACUAUACCAGAGUGACUGAAUUCAUUCUUGUGGGACUUUCUAGGCAUCCCACAUCUCAGAGUGUUGUUUUCUGGACAUUGAUGUUUCUUUACAUAGCCACUUUGGCAGGAAACAGUUUGAUUAUUUUCCUAGUAGGAGGCAACUCUCAACUGCACACUCCAAUGUAUUUCUUUCUUGGUAACUUGUCUUUACUGGAUCUUCUGUUUUCCACCAGUGCUGUACCCCUAAUCAUGGUGAAUUCACUGUACAACUUUUCCACUAUCUCCUACAGCUCCUGUUUCACCCAGCUAGCUAUCAGGGCCUUCUUGGCACUAACUGAAUGUUUUCUGCUUGCCAUUAUGGCUUAUGACAGACUUGUGGCUAUUUCAAAUCCACUCAGGUAUAACUUGGUCAUGUCUUCUCAAGUAUGUAUUUUCAUGGCUUUGGUUGCCUGGAUGGCAGCCCUCCUUCUCACUGUUCUGCCCAUUCUACUCUUUCCAAUCAGUUUCUGUGGGCAUAAUGCAGUCAAUCAUUUCUCUUGUGAGGUUCAAGCCAUCUUCAAAUUGCUCUGUUCUAAUACCAUUUCUUUAGAAAUUAUGAUGAUGGCAUGUGCUGUCAUUUCAAUGCCAGUACCUUUAAUUUUUAUUCUUAUCUCUUAUCUUUGUAUCCUCAAGGCUGUUUUAAGAAUUCACCCAACUGAGGCCAGGCUUAAAGCCUUUUCUACAUGUGGCUCUCACUUGAUUGUGGUUACUAUAUACUUUGGGACACUUAUAUGUAUUUAUGUGAGACCACAAAGCAAAACAUCCCACAAUGGGGACAAAAUUGUCUCAAUAUUUUAUGCAGCAGUGACCCCAAUGCUAAAUCCACUCAUCUAUACCCUAAGAAAUAAGGAUGUGAAAGCUGCUCUCAGGAGGGUAACUUGUAGGGUCAAGUCCUAA